CAUUUCGCGGCUUACUUCCUGAUUUUGCGGUAUACGCACCGCCGCCUACCUCCGGACCUUGUUAUAUACGCCCCCAAACGUAUACGUGGGCGACUCAUACCCUCCCUCGUUUGUGUUCAUCCUCGUCGCGCGGUUCAGCCAUGGCCACCACUCUUCCCCCUCACCUCGCGCGGAAGCUCGAUGUCCUCAUGAUCGACAACUUCGACUCCUUCACCUGGAAUUUGUACCAGCAGAUCUCGCUGCUGGGCGCCGACGUGACGGUCAUUCGCAACGACGCCAUCUCCCCGGACUUGCUUCCCCAGCUGCAGAUCAACUACCUGAUCAUAUCCCCCGGACCUGGGCACCCCAAGACGGACUCGGGCAUCUCCAAUGCCGCUAUCAAGUAUUUCACUGGGAAGGUCCCAAUCAUGGGCGUCUGCAUGGGCCUCGAGUGCAUUGUGGACUCGCUGGGAGGGACGAUUGCGUAUGCAGGCGAGAUCAUGCACGGAAAGCUCAGCCGCGUACGCCACGACAACCGUGGAUGCUACAAGGAUGUGCCGCAGGGCAUCCUUUCCACUCGGUACCACUCGCUGAGCGCCUCGCUAUCCACACUUCCAGCCGACCUCGCGAUCACGGCGCUGACCGAAGAGUCCGGAGUGAUUAUGGGCGUCCGCCACCGCAAAUACACCGUCGAGGCCAUCCAGUACCACUGCGAGAGUGUUCUCAGCGAGGGGGGUGAUGCAUACCUCCGCAACUUUCUCAACCUCCGCGGGGGCACCUGGGAGGAGAACCCCGAGGCCCGCGUCAACGACCGGUCCCUCCCCCCGUUCCCGACGGAGACGAUGCCGCAGCAGAUGGCGAAGAACCCGACCGUGUCGUCCAAGGCGCCCUCCAUCCUGGACAAGAUCUACAAGCAGCGCAUCGCCGAUGUCGCGCAGGCGCAGUCGACGGCGGGCACGACAAUGCAGGACCUCCUUACCAACUACUCGCUCAACAUCGCCCCUCCGCUCAUCUCCUUCGUCGACCGCCUGAAGCAGAACACGUCCGGCAGUCCAUCGCUCCUCGCUGAGAUCAAGCGCGCCUCCCCCUCUAAGGGCCCGAUCUCGGUCGCCACCUCCCCCGCGUCGCAGGCGCUCACCUACGCCCUUGCCGGCGCGCACACCAUCUCAGUGCUUACCGAGCCCAAGUGGUUCCUCGGCUCGCUGCAGGACAUGCUUCACGCGCGCACCGCCGUCGCGAACCUCCCUAACCGCCCCGCGAUCCUGCGCAAGGACUUCAUCCUCUCGCGGUAUCAGAUCCUCGAGGCGCGGCUCUGGGGCGCGGACACGGUGCUGCUCAUCGUGAGCAUGCUGCCGGAGCCGCUGCUGCAGGACCUGUACAAGUACUCGCUCGAGCUCGGCAUGGAGCCCCUCGUCGAGGUGAACAACACGCGGGAGAUGGAGACCGCGCUGGCGCUCGGUGCCAAGGUCAUCGGUGUCAACAACCGCAACUUGCACGACUUCAACGUGGACAUGAGCACGACGAGCCGGUUGACGGAGAUGAUCAAGGGCAAGGACGUCAUCCUUGCGGCGCUCAGUGGCAUUUCGACGCCCGAGGACGUGAAGAAGUACCACUCGGAGGGUGUGUCGGCCGUCCUCAUUGGCGAGAGCCUGAUGCGCGCGAAGGACACCGCCGCCUUCAUCCGCCACCUCCUUUCCCUACCCGAGCCCGAGACAAGGAACUGGACGGAUGCGAAGCCUCUCGUCAAGAUCUGCGGUAUCCGAUCGGAAGAAGAGGCACUACAGGUCGCCGAGGCAGGCGCAGACCUGCUCGGCCUGAUGUUCGCGCCCUCAAAACGCCAGAUCGACCUUCCCACGGCCAAGGCCAUCUCCAAGGCCAUCCGCACCGCUCGAUUUGACUCAUCCUCAUCCACCUCGACCCCCUCCGCCCCCUCCACCAGCAAUGCCCCCUGGUUCACCGCGCACGCCAACCGGCUCUCCGCCUCCGCCUCUCGCCCCCUCCUCGUCGGCGUCUUCCAGAACGCGCCGCUCGAGGAAAUCCUGCACGUCGUCGCCGAAGUCCAGCUCGACCUCGUCCAGCUGCACGGCGCCGAGCCCACUGACCUCGCGCGGCACAUCCCCGUGCCCGUCAUUAAGGUCUUCCACGCGGGUUCGGACGCGCGCAGCGUCGCGGGCAUCACGCGCGGUGGCGCGCACCAGUUUGUCCUGCUCGACAGCAUGCGGGAGGACGGGCUGUCCGGCGGGUCGGGCAAGGUCGCGGACUGGGAGCUCGCGCGGAGUAUCAUGCAGGCAGGCGAGAUCGUCACGGAUGGCGGGGCGGCGUAUAAGGGUGCGGCGCCGGUAGCGGAUGUGAACGGGGACGCGGUGGAUGUGGCGAAGCAUGGGGGUGCGGUUACGACGCCCUCUAGGUAUCCGCUGCCCAUCGCGCUUGCGGGUGGGUUAACGCCGGAAAACGUCGCUGAGGCGAUCGCGAAGGUGGGCCCAUGGGCGGUGGAUGUGAGUGGGGGUGUUGAGACGGAGGAUGGCAGCGCGAAGGACCUGGACAAGGUUCGGGCGUUUAUCCAGGCUGUCAAGGCAUGAGAGCUAGGGUAUAUAUAUUCACGAUUUGCAUGUCCCAUCUUACUGUAGUUGUAGUCCCUUAUAGAUGCUGACCUGAGUUGGAAAAUGGGUAUGAUAUGAGCGCCGCGUCUUCAACACGUCCUGGAAAGGCUCUCGGAGUUGCUCAAGCCAGCGUUGCGAGUUUGAAGUCAGGGG